UGAGAAGAGCAAAAGCUAUUAUUGGAAAAACCAACAAAAGUCUAGGUAGGAAAAAUAGGGAAGUGGAGAGCUACUAUCUAAUUUUUCAUGUGCUUCUAUUUCUUUCUUACUUCAGAGCCACUGACCAACAGUUCAGUGUAUCACAGGCUAUGUUUCCAGGCUGCUGAAACAUGGCAUGAUAUUUUCAAAGAACCAUGGAAACCUAGAAGAAAGCCAAUAAGAAAUAAGUGAAUGAGAGUUUAGGACUGCAGCCUUCUCAUUCAAAGAUUUACAAGUUUCUGUUAAGUAAAAUGUUCUUCUCCAGCCACCUGUUUUCAUAGUUCUGUUUUCCAUCAGGUCUUUCUGGCUUCUCAUAUGGCAGUAAGAAAAUGAUAUGCUUAAUGAUAACUUUGACAUGGAAUAUGAACUUUCAGUUUCAGCAUAUGAUGUACAAAGAUGCUUUUGUGGUUUGAUCGUUUCUCAUAUUCCAAGUGAAGAAACUCGAAAAUGAAAGCAUUCCAAAAGUGGAAGUAAUUACUCACUGCCUCUGUUAUAAAUUGUGGUUGUUGGUUAUGGCAACAGCUAUACUAAACAGAUGCCCUGAAAACUCUUCAGACUCCAAGGAGCACCAGAGCAGCAGACUAGAAGAAUGGCACAUGCUAUGGAAAAUUUCUGCACUAUCAGUGAAGAGUAUCAUAUUGAUGGAGAAGUGGGCUUCGCUCUGCCAAAUCCAUUGGAAAACCUACCUGAUGUUUAUAAUGACUGGAUGUCCAUUGCUAAACACCUGCCUGAUCUCAUUGAGUCUGGCGAACUUCGAGAAAGAGUUGAGAAGUUGGACAUGCUUAGCAUUGAUCAUCUCAGAGACCACAAGUCACAGCGCCUUGCACAUCUAGUUCUGGGAUGCAUCACCAUGGCAUAUGUGUGGGAUCGAGGUUGUGGAGAUGUCCGGAAGGUCCUGCCAAAAAAUAUUGCUGUUCCCUACUGCCAACUCUCCGAGAAGCUGCAGCUGCCUCCUAUUCUGGUUUAUGCAGACUGUGUCUUGGCAAACUGGAAGAAAAAGGAUCCUAACAAGCCCCUGACUUAUGAGAACAUGGAUGUUUUGUUCUCAUUUCGUCAUGAAGACUGCAGUAAAGGAUUCUUCCUGGUCUCUCUAUUGGUGGAAAUAGAAGCUGCUUCUGCAAUCAAAGAAAUUCCUAUUAUAUUCAAGGCAAUGCGAAUGCAAGAACUGGACACUUUGCGAAAGGCUCUGUUGAAAACAGCUUCUUGCCUGGAGAAAGCGCUUCAAGUGUUUAACCAAAUCCAUGAGCACGUGAACCCGCAAGUAUUUUUCAAUGUUCUUCGCAUCUAUUUGUCUGGCUGGAAAGGCAACCCCCAGCUAUCAGAAGGUCUGAUGUAUGACGGGUUCUGGAAGGACGCAAAGCAGUUUUCAGGGGGCAGUGCAGGCCAAAGCAGCAUCUUCCAGUGCUUUGACGUCCUCCUGGGCAUCCCGCAGAGGGCCGGUGGAGGAUCUGCUGCUCAGUUCCUCCAGGACAUGAGAAUGUAUAUGCCACCAGCUCACAGGAACUUUCUGUGCUCAUUAGAGUCCAAUCCCUCAGUCCGUGAGUUUGUCCUUUUAAAAGGUGAUGCUGACCUGCGGGAAGCUUAUGAUGCCUGUGUGAAAGCUUUGGUCGAUCUGAGGAACUACCAUCUGCAAAUUGUAACUAAGUACAUCCUGAUUCCUGCAAGUCAGAAAUCAAAGAACGAGACCUCCAAAGAGCCUUCGAAACAGGAAAACAAAGGAACUGGAGGCACUGAUUUAAUGAAUUUCCUAAAGACUGUAAGAACUACUACCCAGAAAUCUCUUUUGAAGGAAGGUUAAUGUAACCCAACAAGAGCACAUUUUAUCAUAGCAUCGAUAUCUGCGUAUAUUCCUGUCACUACCCUUUAUAACAGAGCCCCAAAUUAAUACGAUGCAAUGCUUUAUCGAUAAUGCAAUACAAAAGACUUCAAAAUCUGUGCAUUUCUUGUAGAAAACAACAAAAGGUAAUUAUGUGUAAAUAUUAAAAAUUAUAGAAGUUUUAUAAUCUGUAUCUUAUUAUUGGAAUAAAAUGAUGAAAUUCAAUAAAUAAAAA